CCUCCUCUAUGCCUUUCUAUGACUCCUCGACUGCCUUGGUUGACCCUGUCCUAACCCUCUUCUUGGGGUCCUCUUUGUGUAUUGAGUGGCCGGAUGGGGAAGGGGACCAGUGCCGCCUUCCAACCUUGUUGUCCCUUUCUCCAGAAUGGCUCUGCGCGGCGUGCGGUGGCCACCCAGCCGGGCCGGAAGCGCAAGUCCAACUGCUUGGGCACCGACGAGAAUAUCCCUCCUGGUUCUUGCGAGCAGGACUCCCAGGACAGCUUGGACGGCAUCCCCUCGGCCCCCCGCAUGACCGGCAGCCUGGUCUCAGACCGCAGCCACGACGACAUCAUCACCCGCAUGAAGAACAUCGAGUGCAUCGAGCUCGGGCGGCAUCGCCUGAAGCCGUGGUACUUCUCCCCCUACCCGCAGGAGCUCACCACCCUCCCCAUCCUCUACCUCUGCGAGUUUUGCCUUAAGUACGUCAAGAGCCUCAAAUGUCUCCAGAGGCACCUGGUAAGCACUUCUCGGUUGCACUAACCCAUCGUUCGGUUUAUCAGGUGUUAACUCUCACCAACUCCCACCAUUCCUAACAUCUCAUCUGAAGGUGAUUGAUAGUAAUUAAUAGGACCAUCUCAUCUGAAUGUGAUUAUGAUCAUCAUCUAUAUAUAUUAAAAGGGAAAGGGCGUUCAAAGGGACAGCAAAACGCAAAAACCCCCCGACGAAAACUCACCAAAUUUGCCGUGCAAAUACCUCAACCCACAAGGUAUGCACAACACUCAUCAAAAUUCCAAACAACAUUUCAACAAACACACAAUUACAAAAACCAACUGAGCAUGCGCAGUGCCCAGGGGCGGAAGUACACACGCAAUGCACUCUGGGAACUGUAGUUCUAGAA